UUGAUGUGAACAUGUAUCUACCAAGAGGCGCCUCUUUACGGCUGCUAGCUCUGCCUCAGUUGGUGGAAUACGUGUCGGUGCAUCUGACGUCAUCACCUAGUGACCAGAUUAUGGAUCAUCUGCGAUCCAUUGGGUUCCACGUAAGGAAUAGCUUUCAAAAUGCUCAAACGAAUGCAGAUUACAGAGAAGACAUUGAACUCUGUCCAAAGAACGAGUCGAAUGUUAGCUACAUGAACAAAGGAAGUGAAAAAAAUGGGCACUUGACUAUGGAAAACACUGAUGAUGUUGGGGAGCUACAUCCACAAGAGGUGACAACAUCUGAUACACCAGUGUCAACCGGUCUAUAUGGUUUAACAACAAGCACAUCAGACGCUGGAAAAACAAGAUGCUUAGCACAGUAGUCCAAAAGCAUUGCCAUGGACAUUGAUUAAAAUGACAUGCCAGUAAACGUGUCUUUGGUUUGAUUCCAUUGUAUAAGUGUAUUUUUGCUUUACUCCUUAAAAAUCGAUUGGAAUCAACCUGAAAUGAUGACUUAUACCUGAUGACUUAUAGUCUGUUGUCUUAUGUAGAAAAAGCAAACUUUUGGGUAGAUUCUUGGCAAUUAUGUUAAAACAACUCUAAAAACACUACUGAUCAAGAAAAAAGUGGGUGCCAGUUUUUUCAUUCACUCCUUGGGCCUCUAUUUUGAAAUUCAAAAUGGCCGCC